AUGUCUUCUACGACACACCGCGAUUCGACCUUUGCGCCUUUCCCUGGCUCCAAGAGGCGAAGAUUACAAGGAGCCUGUGACAUAUGUCGCCAUAAGAAGAGUCAUGAUGCCCAGGCGUUCGAGAUUGAGAUGGAUGCUCAGAUGCUCAUUUUGACAGGUGAUAGUGCCCUUAUGCCGGGGAAUCGGUGCUCGAACUGUAUUGCGUUCGAUUCAGAAUGUACUCACAACCUCUCGAAAAAGCAGGGACCGGGGAACAAUAUACUAUCAGCAUCCAACCAGUCUUAUGUUACGGGCCUCGAAGAGCGCGUGAAGGCCUUGGAGCGUACUAUCCAAGAGCUUCGCAGGGAAUCAAACUCUGUUCAAGAAUUCGAGCCUGACAAUGCGGACCUGCAAGAGGAGCCACCUGCGGAAGGUGUAAUGAUGCUCGGUAGCGAAUGUUUACCCCGUCCAGUAUUCGAGAAAACUUCCUCCGCCUCCCCUCCAAGCCAAGACUCCGACGGCCUAGACGUUGAUGAAUUGGCCGACGAGCUGAAGCAAUUGCACAUACUUCCGGUGGCACGGUUCUUUGGGAAGUCCAGUGGUUAUGCCCUGCUGAACAUUGCGAUGGGUGUCAAACAAGAAUAUACCAAUUUAACCAGCGAUAAUAAACCUGACAUAUCGCGCGCUGCGAACGAUGCUGCAGAGAAGACGCAUACCACCACUAGUUAUCAGUUUCCUGAGCCAAGUCUCUUAGACAGCCUUGUCGAAACCUACUUCGACACCAUCAACCUCACUAUACCUUUGCUGCACAGACCAAUGUUUGAAUCUCAACUUGCGGCAAAGCUUCACUUGCAAGAUCAUUGGUUCGGUUCCGUCGUAUUAGCUGUAUGUGCAAUUGCAUCGCGCUAUUCGGAUGACCCCCGUGUUAUCGACGAAGAAGGAAUGGAUCCGUCGCUCUCUACUGGCGAGAAAUGGUUCUCACAAAUCCCCGUGGUGCGCCAGUCCUUCACGAUGUCCGAAGCGCCGUCUUUGUACGAGUUACAAUUCUAUUCCCUUGCUGUUUUGUACUAUCAAGGAACUGCGAAUCCUCAAGCAUGUUGGCUCAUGACUGGCAUCGGGAUGCGAUAUGCUCAAGAAGUUGGUGCACAUAGACGGACAUCGAAGGUAGAUAGACCCACAGUACAGGACGAGCUGUGGAAGCGGGCUUUCUGGCAGGUUUUGUCGCUUUUUUUCUCGGAUCGACUGCUCUGCGCUUAUGUCGGGCGGCCGUGUACCAUUCACGCGGAAGACUACGAUGUCGAAUACCCGGUUGAAGUCGAUGACGAGUACUGGACGAAUCCAGACCCAGAGUUGGCUUUUAUGCAGCCCCCAGGAAAAUUAUCUAGCAUAACUGCGUUCAAUCUACUCAUCAAACUAGGCGAGAUUCUUGGUACUGUCUUGCGGCUCCUAUAUCCUACGAACAAGUCGAAAUUGUGGAUGGGUGUGUCAGGAAUGGGUGUUAAUACGGAACGAAAAAUUGUCGCGGAGCUUGACUCGCAAUUGAACAAGUGGUUAGACUCCGUCCCAGAACUACUCCGAUGGAAGCCCCAGAGCGAUGACCCCGACAUUCACUCGUUGUCUGCACAUUUGUUCUGCACCUACUACUACAUCCAGAUCUUGGUGCAUCGACCUUUCAUUUCGGCUAAGGCCUCAGGCCUUUCGUUCCCUUCACUCUCCAUUUGCGUCAACGCCGCUCGCUCAUGCGCCCAUCUACUUGAUUCAUACAUGUCGUUUGGAUUUGGUAUCCCUGCACCUACAUGCCAGAUUGUUGCCUUCACUGCAAGCAUCGUGCUCCUCAUAAAUAUAUGGGGUGCUAAGAAGUCACAUAUAUCGUUCAAUACGGACAAAGAAAUGGCAGACGUAUAUAAACUGAUGCAUGUCCUCAAAGUGUACGAGACACGAUGGCGGGUCUCAGGAAGAUUGUGGGAUAAGAUAAACGUCCUUGCUAAAAUGGACCAGUUACCCUUCCCCGAAUCUAACACUCGCUCCAACAAGCGCCCGCCGCCUGCUCAACAAGCCUCCUACACAACGCCUGUUACUGAUGACGGCAUCUUUACCAUAGCAGACUUGCUAGGCUCUCCGACCCCAACCCUCAGUUCAGCCGAAAACUCUCACAUCGAUGUUCCGACACCUCUGUUAGGCACACCACAGACCCAUUCUCAUGCCGAUUCCAACGUCUUUUCCUCCGAUGAACUGGCUCGAUUACCUGUUUUCAAUUCUAUCACGCUUCCUCGAUGGCUGACUUCAGAUGCCGUUACCGGCCAGGUCCCCUCGCACGCUGGACAGUACUCCUACGCCAGCCAUUUGAGCUCCCAGCCGCGACCACAGGUAUACCAAGAUGAAUAUUUCCUCAACACCCCUGUUGCUGCGUACCCUGCACUAGCUGUAUCACCAGACGAGACUCCUAAUUCGCAGGCCCUGCGGCAGGCGUCUCGUCCAAUGAUGCCGACUACAGUGUAUGAUAUUUCUCCCCAGAACCAAGCCAAAGUCGCCUCAGAGCCGUUCCAUCUGUUCGACGGUACUGCCGGGGGCGGAGAGCUCUGGGCCUCCGCCAUAGGCGGAUUCGACCUGGAUGUAUGGAAUGGGUAUCUCGCUAGUUUCGAUGCAAACCCUUUUGUUUGA